AUGAUGAUAUUGGAUCGAUCAAGAACUAUGGAGGGCCAUCACCGAGCUGCCGUUGUGACUCGCUCCGACACAAGUUUCAAAUUCGACAUUCAAGAUACCCCGAUCCCCAAACCACAACCAUGGGAAAUUCUCGUUAAACUCUCAGCUACUGGCGUUUGCGGCACCGACAUGGCUCUUGCGGGUGGCUACCUAGGUUCGUGUCGUGACAUCCUCGGCCACGAAGGAGUAGGUAGUGUCGUACAAAUCGGCUCUGGUGUAGAUCCAUCCACUGUCAAAGUGGGUGACCGUGUCGGCAUUGCUUGGGUACGAGACGUCUGUGGACAAUGUUCCUGCUGUCGCCAACCCGGCGGCGAAGUUCGUUGUUUAGAACAGCAAAACUCAGGAAGGAAAUGGGAUGGCACAUUUGCUGAGCACUGUCUUGUUCCUAGUCGAUACGUCUUGAAUCUCCCGGAUGACACCAAUAUACCCGAUGAGCUUGUAGCGCCUAUACUAUGCGGGGGCGUCACUGCGUACAAGGCUUUGAAGGCUUGCGAGGCUACACCGGGAGAAUGGGUGGCCAUUAUGGGAGCAGGUGGCGGAGUAGGUGGUCUUGGAAUACAGUAUGCCAAGGCUAUGGGAUACCGAGUGGCAGCAGUCGAUGUUGGCCCUGCGGAAGAAUUCUGUAUGAGGAUGGGCGCCGACGCUUAUUUUGAUGGCUCAAGUCCCGAUACACCAGAAAGGUUGAAGAAGCUGACCCCCUACGAUGCUGGGGCGAAAGCGGUCAUUGUUACAGCUGGAUCAGGCAAAGCAUAUCAAAACGCUCUUGAUCUUGUUGCUGUCUUUGGUACUCUCGUUUGUGUGGGAAUACCGCCCCCCGAUCAAGCAAUAAGCCUACAUCCGUUGACUCUCAUAGAUCGAGGAAUCAAGCUUAUCGGAACAUUGGUGGGGACCAGGACUGAAACUCUCGAGGCUCUGGAGUUUGUGCAAAGAGGUGUUGUUAAGCCUAUCGUUCAGACAGUCAGCUUCGAUGAUAUAGAAGAUCUAGCAGAGAGAUUCUCCAAGACAUCUGGAAAGCUGGUUAUUCAGUUCCCAUAG